AUGUUUAAAAUUUUUUACUUCGUUGUUUUUAUUGUGGCUUAUUGUAAAAUAAUAUUGGCAAUCCGAAUCACAGAAAUGGACCUUGCACUCCUUGAUCCUUUUAUAGUUGAUAAAGUAAAGCUCAAUCAUGAAUAUGGUGUAGUUAAAGUCAAUGGAACUGUCUAUAACAUCAAGUUACAAGGUCUUGCGACGACAACAAUUCAAAAACUUUCAGGAUUUGAUAAAAAUCUUUUGGAAAUUCAUUACAAAAAUACGAAAUACACAUUUACUGGAUUUUUUAAAGCUAAAUCUGAAAUCUUUGGAUUUCAAUUAAAUACCGCGGGAAGUUUUUUGUUGAAUACUUAUGAUGUUGCUGCGAAAUUAAUAAUCAAACUUGAACGAUACACAAGAAAUGGCAAGACAUAUUUCAGGACAAAUGGAUUUGAUGUCUCUUCCACUAUUAAAUCAGGUGAUCUGGAUUUAACUGGAGUGAACCGAGCUCUAAUGUGGCUUAUAAAUGCAAAUUUUAAUAUUAUUAUUCAAAGCAGUAUUAAAUCUUAUAUUGGAGAUGUAUGGGCAGUUUAUUAUGAAAAAGCCAUCAAUGCAAUGUUGACAAAAGUUCCAAUAAGAGAACUUUUUCAGUGUGAAACUGUCGACGAAGGAUCUUUGAGCAAAUCUAAUGUUAAGAUUGACUCUUGUUCACUUGAAAAUUAAUGAUGUUUAAAAUAAAUUUUAUAGAAUAGG